GGAGAAGACAGGGCAGGGGAGCGGCGAGAUUUCCUCGCAGAGCACCAGUCCAAGGGUCCUGACCGCGUGGCCCAGGCCCGCGACUCCACCCCUGGAGCGGGCAGGGGCGGGGCGAGCGCGCGGGCGGGCGGGAAGGCGGAAGGGCCCGGCGCCGCGCAGAGGCAGGCGCCCACCAGCUGGCAGCGGCGGAGCGGCACGCGCCAUGUCUGCGCGCAGUCGGGGCACCGAGCUCGACCUUAGCUGGAUCUCCAAAAUACAAGUGAAUCAGCCGGCAGUUCUGAGGCGUGCGGAACAAAUCCAGGCUCGCAGAACUGUGAAAAAGGAGUGGCAGGCUGCUUGGCUCCUGAAAGCUGUUACCUUUAUAGAUCUUACUACACUUUCAGGCGAUGAUACACCUUCCAACAUUCAAAGGCUCUGUUAUAAAGCCAAAUACCCAAUCCGGGAAGAUCUCUUAAAAGCUUUAAAUAUGCAUGAUAAAGACAUUACUACAGCCGCCGUUUGUGUUUAUCCCGCCCGGGUGUGCGAUGCUGUAAAAGCGCUCAAGGCCGCAGGCUGUAGUAUCCCGGUGGCAUCAGUGGCCACUGGCUUUCCAGCUGGACAGACCCAUUUGAAGACACGAUUAGAAGAGAUCAGAUUGGCUGUGGAAGAUGGAGCUACAGAAAUUGAUGUGGUAAUUAACAGGAGCUUGGUGCUGACAGGCCAGUGGGAAGCCCUGUAUGAUGAGAUUCGUCAGUUUCGCAAGGCCUGUGGGGAGGCUCAUCUUAAAACUAUAUUAGCAACAGGAGAACUUGGAUCUCUUACUAAUGUCUACAAAGCCAGUAUGAUAGCAAUGAUGGCAGGAUCAGAUUUUAUUAAGACCUCUACUGGAAAAGAAACAGUAAAUGCCACCUUCCCGGUAGCUAUAGUGAUGCUACGGGCCAUUAGAGAUUUCUUCUGGAAAACUGGAAACAAGGUAGGCUUUAAACCAGCAGGAGGCAUCCGCAGUGCAAAAGAUUCCCUUGCUUGGCUCUCUCUUGUAAAGGAGGAGCUUGGAGAUGAAUGGCUGAAGCCAGAACUCUUUCGAAUAGGUGCCAGUACUCUGCUCUCAGACAUUGAGAGGCAGAUUUACCAUCAUGUGACUGGAAGAUAUGCAGCUUAUCAUGAUCUUCCAAUGUCUUAAAUUAGUCAGCAGUUCCAGAAAAGUUUUUUAUGACAAUGUUUAAAAAUUAUUUUUCUACAUAAUUGCUAAAAUUAUUUAAUUAAAAAGUAGGACAAUAGGUAACUGGCAUUUCUCUCCUUAAAAUUUCCAUUUAACGUAAAGAAUGGAACUGAAAACCAAACUUAUCCACAUUCACAGGUACUCAUUUCAGGCACAUCUGAAAUGUUCUUAAUUACUUGAAGAUCUGCGCUGUUAACUUUGUGAGGGGUUUCUCCUAAAAACUCUUAAGUAAAAUGUUAAUGGCAGCUUUGACAACAUCAAAUUCUAAGGGGGAAGAAAACAACAUUAAACUGCCCAAACAGUGUGCCCUAGCAAAGGAAAAUGCAACAUCCCGCAAAUGCUGCUGUAACGACGUCAGCAGUCACUGAUUCAGCACUAAUUUCCUGCCCUGAAAACUCAUCUUUCAUUUUCUCUAUGGAUAUGCUCUUUUGUUAAUUGUUUUGCUAAUGCAAUUUCUGGUACUGUUAUAUACAGCUAUGAAUAUCAUUAAAAUUUUUAAAAUAAUAAA